CACUGUUGGAAUCUGUAAGGGACUAUAGAAGAGACAGCACAACACUGAAUGGAAAGCCAGCUGGAAAUUCACCCAAUGUAUAUAGGAUGUGCAAGAUUCACUGCCAGGCGUGAGGCUGCUAUUUUUAGAAGCGUUUUUUCUUAUUGCAGAGCAGGAGUGGGAGAGCUGCAAAGUGGUAAAGAGAGACAGUGAAAUACAGUGACAAAAAGGAAAAGGGAGAAAACCCGGAAAAUAUAAAACACAGAAAGAGGAAAAGCAGAAUCCAAGCACUGCAUGAAAGCUGCAGCCCUUCAGAAGAACACAAGACCCCCACCGACCUGCUCCACUGAUGACAUCACAAAAGGGGCGGGGUGAGCAGGUGCAGCAUCUAUAAAAGAAGAACCCGGAAGUCGGAAGCUAAUAUUUGACGGUGGCCACCUGCGAAGACGAGUGCAAGCAUUACUCUUCUAGCUGUACUGGAUGCGAAUUUCCCUGUGACAGUAGGAUCUAACUCCAAGAGCGAAAAUGGAUUUUGUAAUGAAACAGGCCUUAGGGGGGGCCACAAAGGACAUGGGGAAGAUGCUGGGAGGAGAAGAGGAAAAGGAUCCUGAUGCUCAGAAAAAGGAAGAGGAGAGGCAAGAAGCUCUUCGGCAGCAAGAGGAAGAACGGAAGGCUAAGUAUGCCAAAAUGGAAGCAGAGAGAGAAAAAAUCCGACAACAAAUAAGAGACAAGUAUGGUCUGAAGAAGAAGGAAGAGAAAGAAGCAGAAGAGAAAGCAGCCCUGGAACAGCCCUGUGAGGGCAGUUUGACACGUCCUAAGAAAGCUAUUCCUGCUGGAUGUGGAGAUGAUGAUGAGGAAGAAGAAGAAAGUAUUUUGGACACUGUACUCAAGUACCUCCCAGGACCACUUCAGGACAUGUUCAAAAAGUAACCAUGACAACAUUUUGGGACUUCUGCUCCAGCCAAACUCAUGUUCUGCUAUAAGCAAAAGGAUAGCCAAUCAAUCCUUGACUAAGAAAGAAAUUCUCUCACAAAAGCACACACUUAAUAAAUGACCGACCACACACAGACAAAUCUCUGCAUACAGAUGCAUUGGCCCACAUACGUUUACAGAUGCAAAAAAAAAACUAUUUCUCUUAUUGACAUUUUCUCUUUUUUUAGAAACAACUCUAUACUGCCUAUAUUAUGUUGUAUGGACCAAAAUUUGUCACUGAUAUUUAAAAAUUCAGCAGUGACAAGGUUUACAAACCUGCCCACUUUGUAGCUAAAAGAAAAAUGCACAAAGUGCAGGAUUACUAUUACAAAGGGAACAAGGGGUUAACGUCACCCUUCAUUUAUUUGCUAAAUAAUAACUGGUUUAAAUAGCUUGAUCACUAUAAUCUAAUCUAUCUAAUAAGAAAGAGUGAGUGCUCAAAACAUGCCUCCCGAGUUCAGCUGUAGAUCCACAAGUCCACUCUCUUGUCAUAGGAGUUUGGGAUCUUGGGGAAAAGCCUAUGGAGAAACCCAGUUGUAUUUCCAUUGGUCCUUUACUCAGCAUGUUGGAUUUAUGUCACUUUUUACUCACCUUUCCUUGUCUUGGCCAAACUAUCAAAACCUGCACUAGAUCUUUUUGACGCCUUUGCCUAAAGAGAUGGAAAUAUUGUGCAUUCCUACACACUAUUAAAUGACCAAUGGUGUGACAUAUCACAGACCAAUCUAAACCGUACAUCUUUUAUCAGUGGUUGCCCUUUAUAAGACAACAAUGAAACAGAGUUAUUGAGGCCUUGAGCUCAUCCUCUGAUAUGGACCAAGAGACUUCUCUUUUAGAUUUUUAUGACUGUAAUGCUGAUUGCAUGCUUAGGGGGAAAAUAUAAAUGGGUUUGAUGCCUUUUUUCUUUUUUGGAAAUUGCGAGCACUGUCUGUCUUUGUUCUAUGUCAAAGCACACAUUUAACUGUUUACAUUCGUAACAUAAGAACUUGACUAGAACUUUGUUUCAGUAUAUUCAUUCAUGUACAGUAUAUGUCUGUACAUACCCGCUUCUUUCUUUGUUUGUUGUUCCUGUCACUCAAACAUGGGGCAGUGACCACAAUUUUAUUUUCUGUGAUCAAACCAAAGUGAUAUGUCACUUAAUGUGUCCUCGUAUUGUUGUGAUCUUCACAUUUUAUCUUGUUUCACUGCCACACAGAUAAUUGAUUUGGUUGUCAUGGACCAAACAGUAGAUAAAAAAAAUUAUACUUUUUUUCCUUGAAUGAUUAAUUUUUUACUACUGAGACAUUCCAGAAGGUAAUGUAUGAGUAUAUGUAAUGAACAUUAAGGAACAGCUAUAUUCCAUUAGAAAGCUGUUAUUUUAAUAUGUUUUAUGAUAUAGGGCUGCUGUGCUGUAUCCCACAGCAUUAUACUACAUACGAUGAAGCCCUCUCAUAAGCUAUUCCAGGUAAUAAAUGCACAAGUAGAGUCAUAGUUUGUACCACAGAUUAGCUCACUUCCUAUGUGAUGUUCUCAUCGAAAACAUUCUCUACCCUAAAAGAGAAGGAGAAGAAGUAAUGUGGCCAUGGACACCAGAAACUAAAUGGGUUCUAUCCUAAGUGACUUAGAGCUGCUGCCUGUGGAAAGAGGCACAACAGACCUGUGACAGAAAAUAUAAUUAAAAUAACCUAUUUUUGUAUGAGAUUUGGGUAUCUUUAAUAUCCACUCUGCAGUCACGAGUAGUCAGUCUAUGACUAUUAAGUAUUCCUACCCAGAGACUAACUGGGAAAUGUUGUAGGCCAUAGUUAAAUUCAUUCUUCACGUGGAACCAUUGCAAAUUAUUUAUUUGGCUCCAUUAGCUAGGUUUUUACCUAUGGAAAAGUGUUUCUUAAUGGAGUAUCAAAACAGGGGUCAGGUUUGUUCAAAUUUGAAACCUAAACAUCUUGAUACAGGCAACCGGCAGUAAAAUGCAUUUAAGAAAAAAUUUCUUUUUUUAGGAAAUAAAAUGAGUUUAAAUUGAGCUAGAUUUGGCAAGUGUUUUCAGGGAAUGACCCUUUAAAAAAAUUACGUGCUAUGUAAUUGAACCUUUAGUGGAUAAUUUAUGCUCCAAUAAACAUACUGUACACUGUAUGUUUCAUGUGCAUUCAUAGCAAUUACAUUUGAGUGCCGCAGCUAGGGAAGACAUUUACAGAAAUGAUUUGUAUCAAGCUUGGGUCCUGAACAAACAUUUUUACUUAAUAUUCCAAUUUGGCAACCAGCUGAAAACUGAGAAUUUUUUUUUUUUUUUGAACCACCCACAGAGUCUCACUGGGCCUUUUUAUGUGAAGUACUUAUCAUUUUGUUGAAAUGAAUACUUAUGAGGCAUCAACCCCUCUGUUCAGUGGAUAUCAUUUAGCCAAUGGAAGUUCAUUGAGUACUUUAUAGAUAAAAAAAACAGUCAUUAUUGCAUUAGGACAGGAUAGAGAGAAGCCAUCAGCCUGAAGGUAACUGUGUCCUGCCCUAAUUUAAUGAAGAUAACUUCAUCUGUGAACUGCUUUUGGGCAUUAUUGCAGUAUAAGUAGACACUGUGUAUAAUUACACCACAAAGCUUUCUCUGUGAUACAAAGAAUGUGCAUAAGCUAUGGACAAUGCAUAUUUCAUGAAAUAUGAUAAAUUAACUGGCUAUUUUCACAACGUAUUAUUACAUAUUUGUAAUUUCAUGGACAGUUUGCUAUUCUAGCUAGUGGCUAGGUGGUAAGGUUGUUUUAAUUUAAACGUAAGCCAGUGAAAUACAUAAUUAAGGACAUCAUGAACAGAAAUGCAUGGUGCAAUAUGGAUGUUUAAUUCAUAAAUUCAGCCUUCAAGAGAUCUACCUCCUGCCUGUGUUUGCAGUUAGGAAACCAAAACUUAAAUCAUUCCAUUUUUAACUCAACGGGUCUUGAUAUUGAGGAAUGGCUCCUCGGUAUAUAAAGAAAAUAUUACCACUCGGAUUUCUUUGUGCCCCAGUUUUUAUCCUAUAUUUUACUAGCUUUUCUAUUAUUAGCACAAUUUCUCACAGAUGCAGACUGAUUUCACUAAAGCCUAAUUUAUCUAUAGUUGUUUCAAAAUUAUAGAAAUGUUUCCAUAUGUGUCUGUGAACAUUACAACUUGCUUUUUUUAUGGGUGGGCAAAGUGAGUUGUGCCUUUUUUUUUAUUUUUUUAUGAUGUUAUCCAAGAGCUUAGGAUAUUCCUCACAAUAAUUAAAUGACUGAUCUAAUAUGUACUGUAUAUACAUAUAUAUAUGUGUGUGUGUCCUUUGUGUAUAAUUGUGUUGAUGUUACAUGUUAUCAAGAAUAUUAUUGUUCCUUUAUGUCACAUGCA